GAGAGGAUGUUUCCUGUAGUGGGGGAGUCUAGGACCAGAGGACACAGAUAGAGUGGAUGUGCAGAGGAUGUUUCCUAUAGUGGGGGAGUCUAGGACCAGAGGACAGAGAGUGGUUGUGGAGAGGAUGUUUCCUAUAGUGGGGGAGUCUAGGACCAGAGGACACAGAUAGAGUGAGUGUGUAGAGGAUGUUUCCUACGGUGGGGGAGUCUAGGACCAGAGGACACAGAUAGAGUGGAUGUGGAGAGGAUGUUUCCUAUAGUGGGGGAGUCUAGGACCAGAGGACAGAGAGUGGUUGUGGAGAGGAUGUUUCCUAUAGUGGGGAGUCUAGGACCAGAGGACACAGAUAGAGUGAGUGUGGAGAGGAUGUUUCCUAUAGUGGGGGAGUCUAGGACCAGAGGACAGAGAGUGGAUGUGGAGAGAAUGUUUCCUAUAGUGGGGGAGUCUAGGACCAGAGGACACAGAUAGAGUGGAUUUGGAGAGGACGUUUCCUAUAGUGGGGGAGUCUAGGACCAGAGGACACAGAUAGAGUGGAUGUGGAGAGGAUGUUUCCUAUAGUGGGGGAGUCUAGGACCAGAGGGCACAGAUAGAAUGAGUGUGGAGAGGAUGUUUCCUAUAGUGGGGGAGUCUAGGACCAGAGUACACAGAUAGAGUGGAUGUGGAGAGGACGUUUCCUAUAGUGGGGGAGUCUAGGACCAGAGGACACAGAUAGAGUGGAUGUGGAGAGGACGUUUCCUAUAGUGGGGGAGUCUAGGACCAGAGGACACAGACAGAGUGGAUGUGGAGAGGAUGUUUCCUAUAGUGGGGGAGUCUAGGACCAGAGGACACAGAUAGAGUGGAUGUGGAGAGGACGUUUCCUAUAGUGGGGGAGUCUAGGACCAGAGGACAGAGAGUGGUUGUGGAGAGGAUGUUUCCUAUAGUGGGGGAGUCUAGGACCAGAGGACAGAGAGUGGUUGUGGAGAGGAUGUUUCCUAUAGUGGGGGAGUUUAGGACCAGAGGACAGAGAGUGGUUGUGGAGAGAAUGUUUCCUAUAGUGGGGGAGUCUAGGACCAGAGGGACAUACCUUUGGAAUAGAGAUGAGAAGGUUCUUUAGCCAGAGGGUGGUGAAUCUGUGGAAUUCUUUGCCAUAGCUGACUGUGGAGGCCAAGUCACUGGGUGUAUUCAGAGUGAACAUUGAUAGGGUGACGAAGGUUAUAGGGAGAAGAUAGGCAAAUUAGGUUAUAAGGGAUAGUAAAUCAGCCAUGUUGGAAUAGUGCAGGGGAUUUGAUGGGCCGAAUGGCCCAAUUCUACUCCACUGUGCAAUGGUUUCCAUUCCCUGCAGCCUAGGGCAUUCACAGAGAAUGGCGUUGACAGGACAGUGAGGAAUGCCGCUGACGACAGACGGUGACGAGAAUCCGGACAAUGAACAAACUGUCUCGGCUCAGAGCCUCCAGCCCGAGGAGGGGGUGACAGUGCCCAGCCGGAGCGACCAACACAGCAUCACCCAGCUCCUCAACAUUCACCAGCCGAGCCAUGAGGGUCCCCACGUGGGGUCUGGGGACGCUGAGCCGGAGGCAUCCCCCCACUCUCGGGUGGUGAAUGUGGGAGCAGACAACGAGAUGGUGGUGUUCGGGUUCAGAUGGAGCUGGUGGCGGGCAGUUCCUUCCACUCUGCUUGGCGUGCUGACCGGGGGCGUGGUCCUCCUGUGCCUCCACUGCCGACCCCAGUGGCAGAUGCGUUGUUUCUGCGUCCCAUGUCCCCUGCAGGACGCGGAGCAGGUCCUGAUGAAGACCACGCCUUAUAAUCUCAAGAUCUCUAUCGUUACCUAG